UUUCUGCUCUGUUCCAGGCACCGGGUUCCUUCUCCUCAGAGCCUCAGAGGAGGGGACUGCAGCACCAUGGUCCUCCAAAUGGCCGCCGUCCGCCAGACCUGCUGCUGCUUCAAUGUCCGCAUUGCCACCAUGGCCCUGGCCAUCUACCAUGUGAUCAUGAGUGUCCUGCUGUUUGUCGAGCACUCGGUGGAGGUGGCUCAAGGCAAAACCUCCUGCAAGACCUCCAAGUCAGGCUACCUCAGGAUUGCCGACUUGAUCUCCAGCUUCUUGCUCAUCUUCAUGCUCUUUGCCAUCAGCCUGAGCCUCCUGAUUGGUGUGAUUAAGAACCGGGAGAAGUACCUGCUGCCAUUCCUGUCCCUGCAAAUCAUGGACUUCCUGCUGUGCCUGCUUACACUACUGGGCUCCUACAUCGAGUUGCCCGCCUAUCUCAAGUUCGCCUCCCGGAGCCGAGCGGGCCCCUCCAAGGUGCCACUGAUGACUCUGCAGCUGCUGGACUUCUGUCUGAGUAUCCUGACCCUCUGCAGCUCCUACAUGGAAGUGCCCACUUAUCUCAACUUCAAGUCCAUGAACCACAUGAACUACCUCCCCAGCCAGGAGGGGAUGGUACACAGCCAGUUCAUCAAGAUGAUGAUCAUCUUCUCUGUGGCCUUCUUCACCGUGCUCAUCCUGAAGGUCUACAUGUUCAAAUGCGUGUGGAGAUGCUACCAAUUCAUCAAGUGCAUGAACUCGGCCAACAGGAGUGACUCCAAGGUGCUGCCGAAGGUGGCCCUGCCGACCUACGAGGAGGCCCUGGCUUUGCCCCCGAAAGCCCCAGAGUGGGGCCCCGCACCACCCCCGUACUCAGAGGUGUGACCUCACCAGGACUGGUUCUGGUGCCGGCAGGGGGCGGAGCUGCCGCCUCAUCGCUUCUUUGCUUCGAUGGCCCCCCGCGGCCUCGGUGGGCCACCUGACUUCAGGACAAUCUUCUUGCGUCCCCCUUGGCUGGCCUGUCCCUCCCAUGGGGCUGGUGAGCUGCUCGAGACCGGGUCGACCCUCUAGACUGAAGGACUCCAUGGGUCUCUUGAGAACUCAGUCCGACAACCCUUGGCUAACUUCCGUUGGCUUCUGGCUCUGGUUCAGGCCGUUGCUGUUCUCAGCCGGGUGUGUUGGGUGGAACAGCUACCAGCCGACUCAGUUUAAGCAAGCAACUAACAAACCCAAACCACACCUGUCAUUCAGUAAACUCAUUUGCUCAACUA